GUCGCCGUCCGUGUCGUCCUUCGAUACCGACCACGACGACACCAUGAGCGCACCCAACGGACAUGCCGGGCCUGACCCGUGCAUCGCGUCGCGCCCCCUCGUACUGGCCUCAGGCCCCAUUAGAGUUUCCAUCCCCGUGUCCACCCGCAACGACGAGUGGAUCGCCGCAGAAGUCCUUAGAGAAGAGUUUGUGCACACCCAGAGCGUGCAAGACGCCGUCGACGCCACGGCCGAACUCGAAAACGCCGCCGACGCCGCCGUCGAGCUCUACGCCGAGUUUCUCGGCUUCGUCGCCUCCAAGCUAGACGCCUGCUCCCAGAGCAAGGCCGCGCGCACCGCCGUCCUCCUGGCCGCGCUUUCCGACUUCACCAAGACACACCUGCACACGCAGGACAUCCACACCCUCGUCGCCGCGUUCGACACGGACGCGCGCAAGACCGUUCUCGCAAGCUACUACGCGGCCCUCGCAGCCCUCGAAGCCGCCAACAUCGAAGACGUCCCUCGCGGACCGCCCUCGGCACUCCUGAGUGCCUCCAACACCGAGCUCUACGCCCUCUUCGGCGGUCAGGGCACCAAUGAAGUCUACUUUGACGAGCUCCAGGCGCUCCACGACACCUACACCGCAUGGGUCGCGCCGUUCCUCACCACCGUCACACGCGAGGUGCUCGCACCCCUCGCUGCUGCGAAUACAUCGACCGCGUUCUACGCGCACGGCCUGGACGUGGCGUCCUGGCUCUCCGGUGCCUCACUGCGCCCUCCGACAGCCUACUUGGCCUCCGUCCCCCUCUCCCUCCCGCUUAUCGGGCUCACGCAACUUACCCAAUAUCUCGUCGCCUGCCGCGUGCUCGCGCUCUCUCCCGCCGACAUGCGCGCUCGCUUCGCCGGUGCCACCGGCCACUCUCAGGGCGUCGUGUCUGCAGUUGCUAUAGCUGCUUCGGACUCGCCCACAUCUUUCCUCGCCAACGCGAAGAAGGCGUUGCGCUGGCUCUUCUUCUGCGGUCUCCGCGGUCAAGAAGCCUUCCCCGUGCUGGCGCUCGAGCCGGCCAUCGUCCAGGACGCGGUCGAAGGCGGCGAGGGCUCGCCUUCGCCCAUGUUGGCCGUCACCGGCCUUUCCCUCAAGGAUCUCGAGAAGCACAUCGCAGGUACGAACAAGCACCUCGACGAGCGCUCCCAGCUAGGCGUCUCGCUCCACAAUGGCCCUCGUGCGUUCGUCGUCACCGGCCCGCCGAAGGCCCUCUACGGCCUCGUCACGGCCCUCAGGAAGGUUCGCGCCCCAAGCGGGCUCGACCAGAGCAAGAUCCCGUUCUCGAAGCGCAAGCCCGUGUUCAGCGUUCGCUUCUUGGUCGUCGGCGUGCCCUACCACAGCCCGUACCUCAAGGACGGUAUCGAGAAGAUGCUCGAGCAGGAUCUGAAGGGAGAGGAGUUGUGGAAAGGGGAGGAGCUCGGCAUUCCGGUAUACCACACAGAAGACGGAUCCGACCUCCGCAAGCUUUCGACCGGCAUCACCGGCUCUCUCUGCGAACAGAUCUUCACCAUGCCCAUCCACUGGGCUAAGGCUACCGCCUUCCCCGAAUCUGCAACCCACGCGGUUGACUUCGGUCCCGGUGGGCUGAGCGGCAUCGGCCCGUUGACCGCGCGUCUCCUCGAAGGUCGCGGAGUGCGUGUCGUUGUCGUGGGCGACAAGGGCAAGAACGGCGCCGAGCUGUACAAUUCGCAAGAAGUCAAGUAUGAGCAGUGGUGGAGCAAGAAGUGGGCCCCGCGCCUCGUCAAGACUAGCGACGGCACGGUGCACCUCGACACACCGUUCUCUCGCCUCUUGGGCAAGCCCCCGAUCAUGGUGGCGGGCAUGACGCCGACGACCGUCAAGGCCGGCUUCGUCUCCGCAGUGCUUUCCGCGGGGUACCAUGUCGAACUCGCCGGCGGCGGACACUACAACCCCGCCGCGCUGCGCGCCAAGGUCGCCGAGAUCCAGACCAAGAUCCCGCCGGGGGUCGGGCUCACGCUGAACGCGCUGUACAUCAACCCGCGCCAGUUCACGUUCCAGUUCCCGCUAUGGCAGGAGAUGCGCCGCGAGGGCCUUCCCAUCGAAGGCUUCUGCGUCGCGGCCGGUAUUCCGACCACUGAGAAGGCGGGCGAGAUCAUCGAGGGCCUCCGCAGCGCCGGCAUUCGCCACGUCAGCUUCAAGCCCGGUUCAGUGGAUGGCAUCCGUCAAGUCGUCAGCAUCGCCGCGGCCAACCCCGACUUCCCCGUUAUCAUGCAGUGGACCGGAGGACGCGCCGGUGGCCACCACUCGUGCGAAGACUUCCACCAGCCCAUCCUGUCGACCUACGGCUCUAUCCGUCAGCAGCCUAACAUUGUUCUCGUUGGUGGCUCUGGCUUCGGCGGCGCCGACGACGUCUGGCCCUACCUUACCGGCGAGUGGUCUGUGGAGAAGUUCGGCGCGCAGCCGAUGCCGUUCGACGGCUUCCUGUUCGCGUCUCGCGUCAUGGUCGCCAAGGAGGCACACACCAGCCCGUCCGUCAAGGACCUCAUCGUCGCCGCCUCCGGCGUGGACGACGCGCAGUGGGAGGGCACGUACGCGAAGGAGACGGGCGGUAUCCUCACCGUCCAGUCUGAGCUCGGCGAACCGAUCCACAAGGUUGCGACGCGGGGCGUGAAGCUCUGGAAGGAGUUCGACGAGACCGUCUUCAAGCUGCCGAAGGAGAAGCGCAUCGUCUGGCUCAAGGAGCGCAAGUCGGAAGUCAUCGCGAAGCUUAACAGAGACUUUGCCAAGCCGUGGUUUGGGUGGAAGAAGGGUGACGUGGUCGCCGAGGACAUCGCCGAUAUGACUUACGAGGAGGUGCUGCUGCGCAUGGUGCGCUUGAUGUACGUCGCGCAUGAGGGACGAUGGAUCGAUACCUCGCUGCGGAAUCUCACCGGCGACUGGCUGAGACGCACGGAGGAGCGGUUUGCGGGCGUGAACGGUGGGAAGCCGAAGCCGAGCAUGUUGCAAUCCUUCACGUCGCUCGACGAGCCGCUGCCGUUCAUCGAGAAGUUCCUCAACCUGUACCCGCUCGCCAAGGAGCAGCUGCUGGCAGCGGAGGAUAAGGCGUACUUCCUCACGAUCUGCCAGCGUCCUGGCCAGAAGCCCGUUCCGUUUAUUCCCGUAUUGGACGCGUCAUUCGAAGUCUGGUUCAAAAAGGAUUCGCUCUGGGCCGCGGAGGACAUCGAGGCAGUCUUCGACCAAGACCCGCAGCGUGUUUGCAUCCUGCAAGGUCCCGUUGCGGCGAAGCACGCUACCAUUAAGGACGAGCCUAUCAAGGACAUGCUCGACAAUAUCACCUCAUUGCUCGUUGACAAACUCGUUGAGCGCCAAUACGCCGGCGACAAGAGCAAGAUUCCCACCGUCGACUACCUUGGUUCUGCGCCUGCUGUUGCUUCAUUCCCUGCGGGCGUUAACGCCACACGAGAUGAGAACUCAGUGUCCUUCAGCAUCGGGUCGGACGUUCCGUCGACAGAGGCCUGGCUUGAAGCCCUUGCAGGUCACAAGCUCUCAUGGCUUCGCGCGUUCCUCGCCUCGACGACCGUCGUUCAGGGCACGUCCUACAUCGACAACCCCGUCCGCCGCCUGUUCGCGCCUCGUGCGGGCCAGAAGGCAGUUAUCCGGCUCAGCGGCGGCUCGCCGAUCGGCGUCAAGCUGUUCGGUGCCGCCCGUUCCGAGGGUGUUCACAAGCCUGCGUUCGAGGCCGUGGACGUCAAGUACGACGCCGCGCAGCGGCUUAUCAACCUGACGAUCUUCGAGGAUCGUCGCGACGCUUCCGUGCCGCUGUUGCUUCAGUUUAAGUACACCCCCGAGACCGGCUACGCUCCCAUACGCGAGGUCGCCGAGGGCCGCAACCAGCGUAUCAAGGAGUUUUACUGGAAGCUUUGGUUCGGCGAUGAUUCCACUCUGCCUGCGCUCGACGUGCACGAGACUUUCGUCGGUCCUGAGGUUCGCAUCGAGGCGUCAGACAUCGAGACCUUCUGCGCCGUUGUUGGUAACCAGGGCGAGGCGUUCAAGACCACCCGGACCGAAGUCGUCAAGGCUCCCAUGGACUUCGCCAUCGUUACAGGCUGGCAGGCUAUCAUGAAGUCGAUCUUCCCUGCAUCUAUCGAUGGCGACCUGCUAAAGCUCGUCCAUCUGACCAACGGAUUCAAGAUCGUCGACGGCGCGAAGCCGCUCAAAGCAGGCGAUAUCUGCAGGGCCGAGGCGAAGAUUGUUUCCGUCGUCAACGGCGAUGCCGGCAAGACGGUGAAGGUCAAAGGUCAUGUUUACAGCCAGGGCAAGCCCGUCGUCGAGGUCGUGUCGUCCUUCCUCUACCGUGGACGGUUCACCGAUUACGAGAAUACCUUCGAGACCACCGAAGAACCCGAUUAUCUCGUGGAGAUCCCCAACGACGCGGCGGUCGGCGUUAUCCAGAGCAAGGAGUGGUUCGAAUGGGACGAUGACACCAAGCCCCUUCAAGCUGGUACCGGGCUUAUCUUCCGCAUCAAGUCCGAGAUAUCAUUCAAGAGCAAGAGCUCGUACCGCUCGCUGACCGUCACAGGUGACGUUUUCGUCCGCGACCAGUUGAAGCGCCUCGUCAAGGUCGGCACCGUCGACUUCGACCAAGAGGACUGCCACGGCAAUCCGGUUCUGGCUUACCUGCAGCGUCACGGCAAGCCGCAGGGCUUGCUCUCCCCUCUGCCAAACGAUGGUUACUCGCUGUCCAACGAGCCGGCGACCUUCGUCACUCCGUCGACCAACGAACCCUACUCCAAGGUGUCCGGCGACUUUAACCCGAUCCAUAUCAACCCAUACUUCUCGAACUACGCCUCUCUUCCUGGUACCAUAACGCACGGCAUGUGGUCGAGCGCGGCCACUCGCCGCUAUGUCGAGACGAUCGUCGCUCAAGGCAACCCAGACCGCGUCAAGUCGUACGAGGUCGCCUUUGUGGGGAUGGUCCUCCCCGGGGACGAGCUCAAUGUCAAGCUCCGCCACAUCGGGAUGAGGAAAGGCAACAUGGCGAUCAAGGUUGAGACCUUCAACCAGCGCGGGGACAAGGUCCUCGACGGCUCCGCCGAGGUCGCGCAGCCUACCACUGUUUACGUCUUCACUGGCCAGGGCUCGCAGGAGCCGGGCAUGGGCAUGGAGCUUUACAACACCUCGCCAGCUGCUAGGGCUGUGUGGGACGCUGCCGACGCCCAUCUCACCACCGUUUACGGGUUCUCGAUCAUCGAUAUCGUCAAGAACAACCCCAAGGAGAAGACGGUGCACUUCGGUGGUCUCAAGGGCCAGGCUAUCCGCCAACGUUACAUGGAGAUGACCUACGACACAAUGGAUCGUGAUGGCAACAUUCGGACGCUCCCGUUAUUCGGAGACAUCAACAUUCGUUCGCCUCAGUACACGUUCAGCCACCCCAACGGUCUCCUCUUCGCUACUCAGUUCGCUCAGAUCGCGCUCGUCGUGGUGGAGAAGGCGGCGUUUGAGUGUAUGCGUGCGAAGGGAUUCGUGCAGCCUGACUGCGCGUUUGCCGGUCACUCGCUCGGCGAGUACUCCGCGCUCGCGUCCAUUGCCGACGUUCUUCCGAUCUCAUCUCUCGUCGACGUCGUCUUCUACCGUGGUAUCACUAUGCAGCGCGCUGUGGAACGCGACGAGCACAACCGCUCCAACUACGCUAUGUGCGCGGUUAACCCGAGCAGGAUAUCGCCUUCGUUCUCAGAUGCCGCUUUGCGUGAGGUUGUUGACGCGAUCGCGCAUCGCACUGGCUGUCUUCUUGAAAUCGUCAAUUACAACGUCGAGGGUCAACAAUAUGUCACUGCUGGCGAGCUGAUUGCGCUGCAGACGCUCACUAACGUGCUCAACUACCUGAAGGUCCAGAAGGUUGAUAUUGCGAAGUUGACGGAGCAGCUGAGCAUCGAGAAGGUCAAGGAGAUGCUGGCGGAGAUUAUCGACUCGUGCUACCAGCGCUCGCAGGAGCUGCAGAAGGCCGAGGGCUAUAUUACGCUCGAGCGUGGGUUAGCGACAAUCCCGCUUCCUGGCAUUGAUGUGCCAUUCCACUCGCGUUACCUGUGGGCCGGUGUUAUGCCGUUCCGUGCAUAUCUGUCCAAGAAGAUCAACGCUGCUCACCUGAAUCCCGACAUGCUCAUCGGCAAAUACGUCCCCAAUCUGAUUGCCAAGCCCUUCGAAGUCUCUCGCGAGUACGCGCAGAUCAUCUACGAUCAGACGUCCUCGCCUCGUCUCGACAAAGUCCUGCGGAACUGGGAAGAAGAACAGUGGGCCGCGCCGGACCAGCGCCAGAAGCUUGCCUACACGAUCCUCGUCGAGCUCCUGGCCUACCAGUUUGCAUCGCCCGUCCGAUGGAUCGAGACUCAGGACAUCCUGUUCACCCGCUACGACUUCGAUCGCUUCAUCGAGAUCGGUCCCUCGCCGACGCUCACGGGCAUGGUUUCGCGCACUCUGAAGGCGAAAUACGAGAGCCAGGAUGACUCGCAUGGCCGUCGCCGUACUAUCCUUUGCCACGCUAAGCAUACCAAGGAGAUAUACUAUCAAUUCGAAGACGCUCCGGAGGAAGCUGCGGAGUCUACGGAGGAAACCCCUGCAGAGGCUCCCGUGGCAGCAGCCGCCACGCCUGUCGCUGCUGCAGCCGCCCCUGCUCCUGCGGCUGCUGCUGCCAGCGUAGAAGAUGUUCCCAUCAAGCCGAUCGAAAUCCUCACCGUGAUCGUCGCGCAGAAGCUCAAGAAGAAGGCGGACGAGGUACCUUUGUCGAAGUCGAUCAAGGACCUGGUGGGCGGUAAAUCGACGUUGCAGAACGAGAUUCUCGGCGACCUACAACUCGAAUUUUCAUCGGCGCCGGAGAAGGGUGAGGAGCUGCCCCUCGAAGAACUUGGUUCGUCUUUGACCGGCACUGGCGGCUUGGGCAAAUACACCUCCGGCCUCGUUUCCCGUCUUGUCGGUGGGAAGAUGCCUGGCGGUUUCAACAUUUCUGCGAUCAAGUCAUACCUCUCGAAAUCUUGGGGCCUGGGACCCUCUCGUGCCGACGGCGUUCUGUUGCUUGGGACAACGAUGGAACCUCCGAAGCGUCUCGGAUCGGAGGCGGAGGGCAAGGCAUGGCUCGAUAGCGUCGUCGCGGCCUACGCUCAACGAUCGGGCAUCAGCCUGUCUUCUGGUGCUGCUGCCGGCGCUGGUGGAGGCGGAGGAGGCGGCGCUGUUAUCAACAGCGAGGAGUUCCUGAAGUUCCAGGCAGAGCAAGAGCAGUUCGUUGGUCAGCAGAUCGAGCUCUUUAUGCGUUACCUAAAGAAGGACUCGCGUGCUGGCGAACUCGCUUAUGACAAGGAGAAGGCGACCGUUGCGGCUUUGCAAGCCAAAUUGGAUAGCAUCGCCAAGGAGCACGGCGACUCGUACAUCGAUGGUAUCCAACCCGUCUUCGAUCCGCUCAAGGCUCGCCAUUUCGACUCCGCUUGGAACUGGGUUCGUCAAGAUGCUCUGCUCAUGUUCUACGAUAUCAUCUUCGGGCGUCUCACCACUGUUGAUCGCGAAAUCACGGCGCGCUGCAUCGCUAUCAUGAACCGUGCGGACCCCGCUCUGGUGGAGUACAUGCAGUUCUACAUCGAUCGCUGCGACCCAACGAAGGGCGCUACAUACAAGCUCGCGAAGGAGUUUGGUCAACAGCUUAUCGACAACUGCAAAGAAGUCGUCGGACACCCCCCGCUCUAUAAAGACGUGACGUUCCCCACCGCGCCCCGGACGGAAGUGACAGAGAAGGGCGAUAUCGUCUACUCCGAAGUCAACCGAGAGAACGUUCGCAAGCUGGAGGCUUACGUUGAGGAGAUGUCCAGCGGUGACGCAGUGCACGGCAACGUCAACAUCAAUAAGGUGCACGAAGACGUCCUCAAGCUCUGGAAUGUGGUCAAGUCACAACCCGAGAUCAGCGAGGAGCAGAAGAACAGGAUCAAGGCUCUGUACGAGGGCGUCGUCAAGUCUCUCAAGAAGCCCGCCGAGCCACCCCGCCCUCGACCUGCCGCUCCUCGCAAGCGUCGCGCGUCGUCUCAGUUCCUCCGCCCUCAGAUCUCUGGCGUCACGUCGGUCUCCGCGGACAAGAUUCCCUUGCUGCACUUGAAGCGCAAGGUCGGCACGAGCUGGGAGUAUAGCAGCAACCUCACCGGCGUGUAUCUGGACGUCCUCCAUGAAAUCGCGACAUCGGGCACAACAUUCAAGGACAAGAACGCGCUCCUGACCGGCGUCGGCAAGGAUUCGAUUGGAGUAGAGAUUGUCAAAGGCCUACUCUCCGGUGGCGCUCACGUCGUCAUCACCACCUCCCGCUACAACCGCUCCACUGUCGAGUAUUACCAGGGCAUCUUCCAGGUGCACGGUAGCCGCGGUUCCGCGCUGACUGUGGUGCCAUUCAACCAGGGAUCUAAGCAAGACGUCGAGGCCCUCGUCGACUAUGUCUACGACACCAUGGGCCUGGACCUCGACUACAUCUUGCCCUUCGCCGCCAUCCCGGAGAACGGACGUGAAAUCGACGGCCUUGACGAUAGGUCGGAACUGGCUCACCGCAUCAUGCUCGUGAACCUACUUCGCAUUCUCGGCGCUGUUAAGACGAAGAAAGCCAGCCGCCGCAUCGUCACUCGCCCCACCCAAGUCAUCCUUCCCUUGUCGCCCAACCAUGGCUUGUUCGGUAACGAUGGCCUGUACUCCGAAUCGAAGAUUUCCCUCGAGACCCUGUUCAAUCGGUGGGCGUCCGAGAGCUGGGGCGAAUACCUCUGCCUGGCAGGUGCAGUUAUCGGAUGGACGCGCGGCACCGCGCUUAUGGCCGCGACAAAUAUGGUCGCGCAGGAUAUCGAGAGCUACGGCGUCCGGACGUUCUCGUCAAAGGAGAUGGCGUUCAAUAUCCUCGGCCUGAUGCACCCGCUUUUGUUCAGUAUUACCCAGGUCGAACCCAUCUGGGCCGAUCUCAACGGCGGUAUGGACCGUCUACCUGAUCUCGCCGACAUUACCACCCGUGUCCGCCAAACGAUCCAGAAGAAGAGCGAGCUUCGCCGAGCAAUCGCCCGCGACAACGCUGCCGACUUCAAGGUCACCAACGGCACGGAGGCUGAACGCGUUCUUCAGACGCUGAACGUCACCCCGCGAGCCAACUUCCGCUUCGAGUUCCCCAAUUUGGAAUCGCCGGAAUCACUCGCCAACCUUUCCAAACUGCAGGGUCUUAUCGACCUCGACCAGGUCGUUGUCAUCACCGGCUUCGCUGAAGUCGGUCCUUGGGGCAGCUCGCGCACGCGGUGGGAGAUGGAGGCUCGAGGCGAACUCACUAUCGAAGGUUGCAUCGAAAUGGCGUGGAUGAUGGGCUACAUCAAGCACUUCGAUGGCCGCCUCAAGGAUGGCACACUCCACGUUGGAUGGGUAGACGCGAAGACCGGCGAACCGGUGGACGAUAAGGACGUACGCGGAAAGUACGAACAAGAUAUCCUCAAACACGCCGGUGUUCGCCUCAUCGAGCCUGAGCUCUUCCGUGGCUAUGAUCCGAAGAAGAAAGUCUUCAGGCAAGAGAUUGAGCUUACGCACGAUCUCGAGCCUUUAGAGGUCUCUCAAGUGGAAGCAGAGAAAUUCAAGCACGAACACGGCGAUAAGUGCGAUAUCUGGGCUGCCGAUGGGGACCAAUGGUUCGCCAAGCUCAAGAAGGGUGCGCGAAUCCUCGUGCCGAAGGCUGCGAAGUUCAGCCGCACGGUCGCCGGACAGAUCCCUACGGGGUGGAACGCUGGUCGCUACGGCAUUCCCGACGACAUCGUUGCACAGGUCGACCGGUCGACGCUUUGGGCUCUGGUCUCUGUCGCCGAGGCCCUCAACAUGUCCGGUAUCACGGACCCGUACGAGCUAUACAAGCACGUGCACCCCUCCGAAGUCGGCUCGAGCAUAGGCAGUGGCAUGGGUGGAAUGGAGAGUUUGUCAAAGAUGUUCACGGAUCGUCGUGAGGAGAAGGAGGUGCAGAACGACAUCCUCCAAGAGACGUUCAUCAAUACGGUUGCUGGCUGGGUCAACCUUCUCUUACUUUCCUCCAGUGGCCCUAUCAAGAUCCCGGUCGGCGCAUGCGCCACCGCUCUGCAAUCGCUCGAGAUUGCCUGCGACACCUUGCUCUCAGGCAAGGCGAAGGUGAUGUUGGCCGGAGGCUACGACGAUCUCAGCGAGGAGGGCUCGUACGAGUUCGCGAACAUGAAGGCGACGUCCAACGCGGAAACGGAGUUCGCCAUGGGCCGUGAACCGACCGAGAUGUCGCGCCCCACCACUACGACUCGAUCCGGCUUCAUGGAAGCCCAAGGGACCGGUGUGCAUGUUGUGAUGACCGCCAAGACGGCCUUGGAACUUGGUGCCCCGAUCAGGGGAAUCGUCGGCUUCACCUCAACGUCUACGGACAAGGCCGGGCGGUCUGUUCCCGCUCCUGGUCGUGGCGCGCUCACUGUCGCGAGGGAGGUGCCAUCUAAGCAGCCAUCACUUCGUCUGAACCUCGACUAUCGGGCUCGUCAGCUCGCCUUCCGUCGCAGGCAAAUCUCACAAUGGCUCGAGCAUGAGCAGGAGGAGCUUCGUGAAGAGGUGGAAUCCCGCCGGGCUCAGGGCGAGGCCGUAGACGAAGAGUACAUCGCGGCUCGUGUCGCCCACAUCGAGCAAGAUGCGGCUCGCCAGGAGAAGGAUGCCAUGGCGACCUUCGGUAUGCUCCAAGGAGCAUCUCCCGAAGUCGCCCCUCUUCGUCGUGCCCUCGCUGUAUGGGGUCUCACUGCGGACGAUGUAGGCGUUCUGUCCAUUCACGGCACCAGCACCGGCGCCAAUGAGAAGAAUGAGACCCACAUCUGGAACGAUAUCUUCACCACCAUUGGACGCAGCAGGGGCAACGCUGUCCCCGUCAUGGCGCAGAAGAGUCUCGUCGGCCACUCGAAGGGAGGUUCGGCCGCGUGGCAGCUCGCCGGUCUCUUGCAGUCCGUCAUCACCGGCGUCGUUCCUGGCAAUCGCAAUGCAGACAACAUCGACGCCUUGUUUGAGGAACGCCGCAUGCUCAUGUUCCCGUCGAAGUCGAUCCACACCGACGGCAUUCGCUGUGGUGUCAUGUCAUCCUUCGGUUUCGGCCAAGUUGGUGGCACGGCGCUCGUCCUGCACCCACGCUACCUGUUCGCCGCGCUCAAGCCGGAGCAAUAUAGCGCUUACAAGGCUCGCAACCGCGAGCGCGCUCUGCUCUCGUACAAGGCUAUGAGUGAGAUGAUGAUCACGAACUCUCUUGUCAAGAUCAAGGAGGCACCGCCGUACACGAAGGAGCUCGAGGCCCCCGUAUUGCUCAACCCACUUGCCCGCGCGUCCCUCGACCCGAAGACGGGCAGUUAUGUCUUCCCGGCCAAGCUGCAGAAAGAGCCAAAGUACGAUACCGCCAACGUCAAGGCUGUCGAGAAGCUGUUGGAAGCCACUGGGUCUGUUGCGGGUGUGGGUGUAGACCAAGAGCUGAUCUCCGCCGUCCCCUCCUCGAACCCCACUUUCGUCUCUCGCAAUUUCACCGACGCUGAAGUCGCCUACUGCCGCUCGCAGCCCGCGCCCGACGCAUCCUUCGCUGCUCGAUGGGCUGGUAAAGAGGCCGUGUUCAAGUCGCUCGGCGUCGCCUCGAAAGGAGCCGCUGCGGGGAUGAAGGACAUCGAAAUUCUUCCCAAUGAGGCGGGCGUGCCAACCGUCGUUCUCCACGGUGAGGCCAAGGCUGCCGCCGACGCGAAGAACGUCGCGAAGAUCCACAUUUCGCUGAGCCACUCCGAAACUGUCGCUAUCGCAUUCGCUCAAGCUGUUACGAAUUAGACGCAUUAUAACACUACACGCAUGGAUUUUCAUCUUGGUAUUCUACACAGGUUGCUCACGGUUGCUUCGUUAUACGCUUUUCACGUUGCUGUCAAUGUAUGGAUACAUCACGAAUAGAAUAAUGGAAAUUGUCGCAUCGAACAGGGUGUUACAUGACAUGCUCGUACAGUUUAUGAGUGAUGAGGUAGUUGGCUAUGUUUCUGGGUAUCAUGUUUUGCCAUGACGAAUCCCCCCUUGCAACCUUAUCCCGCACUUCACUAGAACUGAACGUUUGUUCGUCGACGCCGAUAUCUAUGAGCCCGAUCCUACCAGAUUCGAGGAACUCCUUCGCCGCUGCCAUCGUCGCUUGCUCUCGCUCCUGUUGCUCAUCGCUGAGGAUUUGUGAUCCUGCGACAACUCGUCGAGCACAAACGACGAACGAAUCGUCACCCGUUGGGGAAAGAAACGCCCGAAGAGCGGUCAUCAUGGCUUCCUCUGUCCUGUAGUAACGUGGAGCGAGGAGCCUCUCCAACGUGUCCAAACCGACGAUGAACGUCAGCUGGGGCUUUGGCACCGCUAUAGUCGGCCCCAAAUCUUCUGAUAGGCGUGCCAGUCGAUCCGAUAGCCAUCUUCGCAAAACGCGCGAUUUGCCUACGAAGGUGGGCUCGUCCACAAUGGCCACCGCGGUAUUGGCCGACCCGCCCUCGCAGGGAUGGACGUGUUCGGCGAGGAGAACCAUCAUCUCAAGGCGCUGGACGAGGGUCGCAUCCCACGGCUUGAGCGACUUGUCCGCGUUGCGCACAGAGAGCAAUAGAAGGCGGGCGUCAAAGUCGGCGAUGGGAUUCCUCUGGUCAUUCAUAUUCUCGGAGCUACUAGCCGCAGCAAUAGACGAGCUCGCAGGCAAAGGGCGCGCGUUUGCGAGCGCGAGAUGGGCGAGG